CAUUCACUUAUACUAAACCCUACAAAUACAAAUAUAAUUUUCUAUUUUGCUUAGUGAGGAUGGCAAACCAAACAUUUGAAUAUUUCCUUGUUUUGGACUUCGAAGCAACCUGUUGGAAGAAAGGAGACCCCAGAAGGGCGCCACCAGAAGUAAUAGAGUUUCCAUGUGUGUUAUAUGAUGUAAAAAACAGUAAAAUAAUCGAUGAGUUUCAACAGUACGUCAGGCCAUCCGAGAAACCCGAGUUGACUCCAUAUUGCACAGACUUAACAGGCAUUGAGCAGCUUCAAGUCGACAAUGGGGUACCUCUGAAAACGUGCCUUGUGCUCUUCGACGAAUGGCUGAAUAAACUUAUAGAAAAACACAAGCUCUCUUUCGAAAAGAGGGAAAAUCUUAUGUAUACUGGUUUUUGUACUUGGUCUAACUGGGACCUCGGCACCUGUUUGUUUAAGGAAUGUAAAAGAAAGCAAAUAAAGAGACCAAAAUAUUUCUCCAAGUGGAUAGAUCUUAGAGCACUCUAUAACAACCGCUAUGGACAUUGGCCCAAAGGUCUUUUGGACACGUUGAGCGAGUUUGGACUGCAGUUUGAAGGUACCCAACAUUGUGGAUUGCAUGACGCGAGGAAUACUGCAAGGCUUGUUGGUAGGAUGAUAGAGGAUGGAGUUUCCUUUAAAUUGACUAAAAAUAUCACUUUUAAAGGAUGAUAUUCAGUAGUAAUUAGUUACUGCAGUAUAUCAUGAUAUUAUUUUUUUUAUGUGUAUAAGUAAAUAAAAGUUUAUAAUAAAAUUGUGUUGAGUAUGAGUAUGAGUAUAAGAGACGUAUAACCAGCCCCAUUUCCUCUUGACUCUCGAACCCCGUACAGGCCUAUGUUUACUUACGCCG